UUCUCAAUUCAACUUAUCACAUCACAUCAAUGGAGAAUCUUAACAAGAGAAAGUUUGCUUGGUUGAUAAAGAACUUCUCCUCUUUGCCAUCUGACAAGCUUUAUUCUGCACCAGUCCUGAUCAGUGGAUUCCAUUGGGAUCUUUUUACAUAUCCUAAGGGAUACAAAGGUGGUGAUUCGUUGGUUGUGUCUCUCGCUGUUACUGAUGGUCAAUCAUUGCCUUCUGGAUGGGCAAGAUACGUUAAGUUUCGCCUUACUAUAGUAAACCAACUUUCUCAUGAGCUCUCCAUACACAGAGAGACAAGUAUUUGGUUUGAUCAGAAAGCUCCAGGAUGGGGCUUAUCAGGAAUGCUCCCUUUUGCCAAACUCCAUGACAAAGAUGGUGGCUUCCUGGUGAACGAUGAACUAAAGAUUGUUGCUGAAAUAGAAUCUCUUGAAGUUAUUGGUAUGUUAGAUGAGUCUAAAGAUUUGCUUGACAAGACUUCAUCAUCAGUAAGGGAAAGCAUAGAUGUCAAUGGGUUUCAAGUUCUUCCUUCACAAGUGGAAGCUGUGAGAGGGAUGUUUGAAAGACAUCCAGACAUUGCACUAGAGUUCCGUGCAAAGAACCAACAUCUGAGGACAGCAUGCAUGAACUUCUUGCUCAGUCUUAGCGAGAUGCUUUCCAAAUCACUUGAGGAGUUCUCUAAUGAAGAUCUGAUGGAAGCAGACAUUGCGUUGACAUAUUUGAAAGAUGUGGGGUUUAAGGUGGAUUGGCUUGAGAAGAGUCUGGACCAAGUUAAAAGAACAUAAGGAGAAGGGGCUUUCAGUACAAGAAUCUCCUCCAUAAAUUGUCUUUGUAAUAUGAAAACUGAGUGACAAGAAAACACACAAGUAUCUGCCUCUAAAUAAAUUGUUUUUUUUUUU